GAUGUUUUUGGUAACUAUCGUAAAACUUGAAUAUUAGAAAUUAAUUUUAUUGUAAUCAAGACCUUGGAGCAUAGUAGUCAUUUUGUCACCGUUGAUUAAAAUUUUAAUUGGGAUUAAUUUGGAAUAGACUCAAUCUCAAAGUUAGUUUAGGAUUUCAAAAAAUUCUAGAAUAUACUUAGAGAAAUGAUGAGCUACCAAUCAUAUUCCUUAAAUCAAAAAAUUGAAAUAAUUGUAAUGAG